AGUAAAAGGAUUGGGGAGGUACAAUGACGAGCGCGCGAGAGCUAAUGCGAGCUGCGGCCGACGCUAGGCUUUUCAUGCAUCAAUGCUUACCUAAUCCCAAAAAAAAUAAAUCGCCAUAGCCAUUUGAUAUCAACAUAAUUCUGCCCAUUUUCACAUACAACCGCGCUGUCCGCUGCUGUGAUGACAUUGGUGAACCGAAGGUUUGAAAAAUGUGCGUUUUGUACAUUCCGCAGCUUGAUAUGGCUGAACUCUUCACUUCUCCGACCUAAUGGUCGAAGUUUUCAUCAGUCUAGCCCUGUGGCGAGGGGCGUUCGAAAGGGUCGCAAGAAGGUAUAUUACACAGGAGCUGCUACCUUUAGUAUCUUCAUUUGCUUACCGCUAAAAUUUCCAGCGUCCAGAACAUCCUCCAAGAAAUUCGUACGGAGUAGGGUAUGGACCGCCGAGAGACACUCAGGGACGGGCUAGGACGGAGUUUCGAAAAUUUGAAGACAAUAUAGUAGCAGAAGCCCAGGGACUGAAAAAGAAAUUCCUCCAUGGAACAAAACUGCGAAAUGCUAUAAAAGACGAAGACUUGGCAGGGUUGGGGGUGUCAAGUAGGGAGGAAUUUGUAGCCAAGCUUCAAGAGUUUGAGAAAGAGGCAGCAGCAGCAGGCAGAAGAGCAACUGAGCUGGGCGAGAUCGAUAGGUCAUCCAACCCUCUUUUUUGCAAAUUCAAGGAUGCAUACAUUGCAAGGGGUGUGAAAGGGUUAGAAGAUGAAUUAAGACAUUCAUUCACGAACUUUACGCUUUCGGGCAAAUUCUCAAAAGAGGAGCUUGCAAAUCAUCAGAGACUGGCAGACUUCCGUUAUCCCAUUGAAUGGUUUCCAGCCACACGAGCGAUGCAACGGACGUUUCAUCUACACGUCGGACCAACGAAUUCUGGAAAGACAUAUCAUGCUUUGCAAAAGCUUGAGGCAGCCAACAGUGGUAUAUAUGCCGGGCCCCUGCGAUUAUUAGCUCACGAGGUCUAUACAAGGCUCAAUGCGAAUGGAAAGCCAUGCUCUUUGAUUACAGGGGAGGAGCGACGUAUUCCGGACUGUGGAAAAGAUCUCAUGAAAAGUUGUACCGUAGAGAUGGUACCUCUGAAUACUAAAGUCGAUAUAGCAGUUAUAGACGAAAUCCAGAUGAUCGGAGAUGAGGAUCGUGGCUGGGCGUGGACUCAAGCAGUACUUGGAGUGCAGGCCGAAGAAGUCCAUCUCUGUGGCGAACUCCGAACGACUGAAUUGAUCAAAAAGUUAUGUGCAAUGAUGGGAGACAAGUUGGUUAUACAUAAUUACGAGAGACUUGGGAAGUUACAAGUAAUGAGCAAGAGUCUUUCGACAAGGGCCCAUGAAAGAGACGGCCCGUCUGAGAAAAGUGGGGGACCUGUCAGCAAGUUGGAGAAAGGUGAUGCUAUCAUCUUAUUCUCGAGGAUGAAAAUUCAUGCCAUGAAAAACCAAAUCGAGGCACAGCACAAAGGCAAACGAUGCGCUAUUGUUUAUGGAUCAUUGCCCCCCGAGACUCGUGCUCUACAGGCCGCUCUUUUCAAUGAUCCCGAUAAUGAUUACGAUUUUUUGGUUGCCAGCAAUGCCAUUGGCAUGGGUUUGAACCUGAGUGUCAAACGUGUCAUUUUAGAAUCUGUCAGUAGGUUUGAUGGCACAGACCUUAUAACUCUCCCUCUUUCAGAAAUUAAACAAAUCGCUGGUCGAGCUGGAAGAUAUAAGACGGCAAGAGAUGCCAUCAAAGCAGGGCCUAUUGAUUUAACUGAUGGCAUCCCAGCGAAACCCACUGAGCCUCCAGUUGGCCUUGUGACAACAUUCUACAAGGAGGAUCACAAGAUAUUGUCGAACGCUAUGUCAAAAGACGCCGCGCAAAUGUCAUCAGCUGGAAUAUUUCCUCCAGCAGAUGUUAUAGAACGCUUUGCUGAGCGUUUCCCCAAAAGUACGCCAUUUAGUUAUAUUAUACUGCGAUUACACGAAAUUGGUUCUAUAAGUAGCCAGUUUCAUCUUUGCAAACUUAAGGAUCAUGUCGACAUUGCAGACAUCAUUCAAGAAUUCAAUCUUUCCACUCGAAACCGUCUUGUCUUCAUUGCUGCUCCAGUGCCUAUUCGCGAUUCUGGGGUUGUUGAAGUAUUGAGAACGUUUGCUCGUUGUGUAGCUGACAAUACUGGUGGCCACGUACUUGAUAUAUCAGAACUUGAUAUCGGAAUUCUAGACGAGGAUCCCGAUACCUUUACUAGCCAACAACAAAGGGAGAUUUACGUGCGCAAAGUUGAAGGACUUCAUAAAAACAUAACGCUGUAUCUCUGGCUGAGUUACAGAUUCACAGGUGUAUUCCACAGCCAGGCCUUAGCAUUCCAUAUUAAGAGGUUGGUGGAGGAGAAGAUUGACCUAUGUUUGGCUAAAGCAGAGUGGCAAGAGAAAGCUAGAGUGAGCGCAAUGAGACGAAAUAUAAAGCUUUUGAAGGCCUUGGAUCCCACUAUGGUUUCCGAGGAUAAAAGUUUAAGGGAUGCUGUCUCAAAUGAUACUCCUUUACAGGAGGAUGUCUCAGAAGAUGUUGAAAUUUCUUCGAAAUCAGAAACACUACUAGAAGGUGCUUUGGACGAUGUUGAGUCAUCUUCAGGUGCCAAGGAGGAUAGAGGUUUGAUCUAAAAUGACAGUUUAUUGUGGGAAAUGUGGCACUCUUCGUAAACUAGUACACCGAGAACGUCGGGAAUGAAAUGCCAAUUUAAGAACGACUGGCUUGUAUAACAUUUAUAACGGAAGUGUUUCUUGCCUCAAAGUAAAAGUUCUGGAAACUUCUAAUCGCACAUUUUACCGAGAAAUAAUCGUAACCUUAUUUUCAAUUCUCA